UAUACUUUAGAGAAACAGGGAAAUCCAUAACAUAAACACAAAUCUCGACGACCCAGGAUCACCAUGCCAAUAAUUGAGAAAAGUCUGUGUUAAGAAAUCUCCCAACUUUUCUUUUUCGGUCAUCACUAUAUAUAUCAUACGCCGCCGAAUGACGGUGUCGAGAUUACAGUAGCCGUUGUCCAAAUAUUUGUAACCGUUGUUCAUCUCCACCUUCCAUCUUCGCUGCCAGUAAAUGUAGCAGCACAUAAAGCUCAACCCAAUUGUCUUCUUCUUUCUCCAUUUCGAUUUAUGACCGGUCUCCAACAAUACCAAGAAAAUUCUCAGCUUGAAAAAACCUUAACUUUCCCGUCACCAGGUUCACAAUUUUCCAGGGUUUUCUAACAGCACAAGUUUUCAUGUCAUCUGAUUGACAAUUCUCCAGGGUUGUAAUCAAACAUGAGACUAUCUAUAAUACAGAGCACCAAAUAUUGGCUAUCAGAGCACCCAUCGAUUGUUAACUUCCGAUGGAGCCCAACCGAAUCAUGGGGUUCCACGUGGUCUUUUCUCUUCUCCGCCAUCACCAUCUACCUCAUUUCUGCCGUCAUCCUCCACGUUGUGGUCUCCUUAAUUCUCCGCACUAACCGACGUCUCCCACUUGGCCCAAUCCCAGCAAUACACUGCCUGGCAGUGGCGAUGGCAUCGGUUGUGAUUUUUGUUGGCAUUCUUCUUUCAACCGCUGCUGAGAUUCGUGACACGCGCUGGUUCUGGCGGCGCACCAAGACCACCACGGCUUUCCAGUGGCUCCUCUGUUUCCCUCUCGGCACCCGACCCUCUGGCCGCGUCUUCUUCUGGUCCUACAUUUUCUACCUCUCUCGAUUCCUUCAUUUAUUACGUACUUUUUUAACAGUCCUCGAACACCGCAAACUCACUUUCUUUACCUUGUUCAAUCAAUCCAUUCUUUUGUUCAUGUCAUUUCUUUGGCUUGAAUUUUCUCAGUCUUUUCAAGUCUUGGCUAUCCUUUUAACAACGUUGUUGUACUCUGUCGUUUAUGGGUACCGGUUUUGGAUAGCAAUUGGGCUUCCAAGGGCUUGUUUCCCUUUUGUAGUGAGGUGUCAGGUUGUGUUGUUGGGUUGCAAUUUGGUUUGCCAUUUUGGGGUGCUUUCGUUGCAUAUAUUGAAAGGAGGGUGCAAUGGAAUUGGAGCUUGGGGGUUUAAUUCUAUGCUGAAUGCUGUGAUUUUGUUGUUGUUUUUGAAGUUUUAUCUGAAGAUGUAUUCGAACAAGAGAAAGGGCGAUUCCUUGAGUGAACUUAAGGGUUCUUCAAGGCAUUUGCAUUCUGGCUUGGAGAAGCGGGACAGUAAGGGUAGUUGAUGGAUUGAGAUUAACGAGUCUCCCCUUAGCUUACUUUUUGCUUCUCUCUUGUUUCAGUUCUUGAGUUUUUGUUCUCUGAUUAUUCAGACAAAAGUGUAAUUGUGCUAAGUACUAAAGUGUAUGUGAUCGGAUUCAUGUUAGAGGCUUUUUCUUGUAAUUGCUUAUUUAUAUUUAGUCUAGUUGGUACUUUUUAGUUGCAGAGAAAA